GAGGAGGAACCGGGCAGGAUACCUCUGUCCAGUGGCGGAGCAAGGUCAAGGCUAGAGUCUCCCUGCCAGACUGAGCCCCUGGCACCAACAGGGUAGAAAUGGCUCUGUCCUAAGGCCCCUCAGGCACCAGGAUUACAAGGCUCUAUCUCUUACCUUCUUCUUGACUACCCCCUCUGCACCAGUCCCCAAAGCCAAGGCCAGGCCUCUGACACACCUGAACUUCUCUGUCCAGUCAGCACCCAGAGCAGAGCAGGCCCUCUCAACUAGGACAAUCCGUGAGGACUUCCUGAAGGAAGUGGCAUUUGAGCUGAAUUUUGAGUGACAACUCACUGGUAUUAAUCAACAGUCAACAUUUAUGGACUGAUUAUUGCUAGUCUGUUGCUAAGAUGUCAAAGUGUUGCCUCACUUACUGCUGACAACAACUCUACGAGGAGGCAGCCUUUAUUAACAAUGUACAGUCGAGUAAAUGGAGACGGAGAGGUGAAGUGACUCACUCAAGGUCACACAACUAAAGAAGCUUCCCCUCAUGGCUCUGUCCAGCACAAUGGCUGAGAGCUUCAAGGAGUUGGACCCCGAUUCCAGCAUAGGGUGCUUUAUCCGCAGGAAGGCCUUGGAGAUGAGCUGUGCCAUUCAGAACCAGCUGGCCCGCAUCCUGGCUGAGUUUGAGAUGACCCUGGAGAGGGAUGUCCUGCAGCCACUCAGCAAGCUGAGUGAGGAGGAGCUGCCAGCCAUCCUCAAGCACAAGAAAACCCUGCAGAAGCUGGUGUCCGACUGGAACAACCUCAAAAACAGGCUCAGUCAAGCAGCUAAGAACUCAGGCAGUGGUCAGGGCCUGGGCAGUGGCCCAGGCAGUUACAGCCACACCACCACUGCCAACAAGGUGGAGAUGCUGAAGGAGGAGGAGGAGGAGCUGAAGAGGAAGGUGGAGCAGUGCAAGGACGGGUACUUGGCCGACCUGUACCACUUUGCCACCAAGGAGGACACAUAUGCCAACUACUUCAUCCACCUUAUGGAGAUUCAGGCCGAGUACCACCGCAAGUCUCUGAGCUCCCUCGACACAGCCCUGGCUGAGCUAAAGGAGAACCACGGCCAAGCAGACCCCUCCCCCUCGACGAUGGCCGCCCCCUUCCCCAGGGUGUAUGGGGUAUCACUGGGAACACACCUGCAAGAACUGGGCCGAGACAUCGCCCUGCCCAUCGAGGCCUGUGUCAUGAUGCUGCUCUCCGAGGGCAUGAAGGAAGAGGGCCUCUUCCGUCUGGCCGCUGGGGCCUCAGUGCUGAAGCGCCUCAAGCAGACAAUAGCCUCGGACCCCUACAGCCUGCAGGACUUCUGCUCUGACCCCCAUGCCGUGGCAGGUGCCCUCAAGUCCUAUCUGCGGGAGCUGCCGGAGCCCCUGAUGACCUUUGACCUCUAUGAUGAUUGGAUGAGGGCAGCCAGCCUGAAGGACCUGGGGGCCCGGCUGGAUGCCCUCCAACAGGUGUGCAGCCGCCUGCCGCAGGAGAACCUCAACAACCUCAGAUACCUGAUGAAGUUCCUGGCACAGCUGGCCGAUGAGCAGGAGGUGAACAAGAUGACACCCAGCAACAUCGCCAUCGUCCUGGGACCCAACCUGCUAUGGCCCCCUGAGAAAGAAGGGGACCAGGCCCAGCUGGAUGCCGCCUCAGUGUCCUCCAUCCAGGUGGUGGGUGUGGUCGAGGCCCUGAUACAGAGCGCAGACGCCCUCUUCCCUGGAGACAUCAACUUCAACAUGUCAGGCCUGUUCUUGGCCCCUGUCCCCCAGGACAAGGUCAGCAACAGGCCAGCCUCUGAAGAGCUUCCAACGAUGGCUCCGGCUCCAGCUGCUACCCCAGCUUUAGUGGCUACCAAGGAAAGAACAGAAUCUGAGGCACCCCGCAGACCAGCCUCCCCCAAGGUCAGUAGGAGUUCACCGGAGGCAGCCACCCCAGUGGAAGACAUGGCUCGGAGGACCAAGCGCCCGGCUCCUGCCCGGCCCAACAUGCCACGCCCCCAGGCCUCUAGCACCCGCUCCUCCCCUCCAGCCCCAUCCCUGCCCCCUGGUUCUGGCAGCCCUGCGACCCCCCAGGCUCUGCCCCGCCGUCUAGUAGGCAGCAGCCUCCGGGCCCCCACAGUGCCACCCCCAUUACCCCCCAACCCCCCACAGCCUGUGCGGCGCCCAAGCCGACAUUCGCCAGCCUCCCCCCACCUCGCUUCCCCGAGUCCGGCCUCUCCCAACCCCAUCCCUCUGAGCAUGCCUACGCAGGUGGACCUGGGGGCCACCGAGGAGGGAGGGCUACCUGAGGCCGUAGGAAGGGCCUCCAGUCCCCCAGCGAUCCCCCCUCAGCCGCAGUCCAGGAGCCUUGACUCAGAGACCAACUGAGCUCCCCUCCGACAGUCCUCAGUGUCCCUCCCCUCCUACCUCAUCCUCCCAGGACACACCCUCACCGUCCCAAGGGGUGGGAGCCUCCAGCCUGUCUGUAAGUGCCUCAGCGCCCGCUGGGUCGGCCCCCGUGGUAGGGGAACUCUGGACAGUCCUCCACUUCCAGACCUUUUCCUCGUGGAUCUACCCUGGGCUGGGGGACCAUCACCCAGCUCCCCACUUUCUGUAGUGUCCCAAAGCAGCCGCCAGAAGGAAGGAGAGGCUUGCCUGCUCCUAUAGGACUUUUAUUUUUCUCUUGCCAACAUAUUUUUUUUGUAAGGCUGGUAAAUAAAUUAUUUUGGACAAAACUGGA